AUGCAACAGCAGAUGCAGCAGAUGCAGCAAACUAUCCAAGCGAAUGCUGCAAACCAACGGAAUGCACCGGAGGAAGUUGAUCAGAUUGGCCAGAGAAAUCUCUUGCGUAAUCUACCUGCUACGCGAUCCGCCAUCAACCCUCCACCGUGCACUAGACAAGACUUUGAGAUCAAGCCUCCCUUGAUAGGUCUGGUGCAGAGGACGAUCUUCAACGGACUUCCUGCAGAAAUACCGAUGGACCACAUUGAGAACUUUGAGAAGAUGUGUGGGUUCACUAAGGAGAAUGGAGUACCACCAGAUUACAUCAAGUGUACCCUGUUCCCCUUCUCUCUCGAUGGGAAGGCUGCUCGCUGGCUAGAUUCCCUACCCACCGGAUCGCUCACCACAUGGGAACAAGUCAGAUAUGCUUUCUUGAGCCACUUCUACACGAAAUCAAAGACGGCAGCUCUGAGACAGAAGAUCGCCACCUUCAAACAGCUGGUAGAUGAGCCGUUCUGCGACGCAUGGGAACGAUUUAACGUCUACCACAGGGAGUGCCCACAUCACGGUUUUGAAGAAGAUUAUGUACUCGGAGUGUUCUAUGAUGGAGUAGGUUGGGAGUACAGGAAUGCUUUAAUCUCAGCCAGUAAUGGAGAUUUCAUGACCCAAUCCACUCAAGGCGCUUUCGCGCUAAUUGAGAACAUGGCCUCAAGCUCAGCUGACAGCAACCGCGAGACUGACCGCACACAGAAGGUGAACAGCAUCGACAAUAGCAAAAUAGAUGAGCUCUCCGCCAAGGUCGAUCAGCUGAUAAAGAGUAAUCAGAACCAUGUCUUCAUCAUGGAUAAAGGAACCGCAAACACUACAUCAGAGGCAGACCAGGCGACUGAGGACAAUCACGAGGUUAGCUAUGUGAAUGGGCAAGGAUGGCAGUUCAAGAACUAUCAUCCGAACCCUAACGUGAGGAACAAUCCCCACCUGUUCAAAAACCCUACACCCGAUGGUAAUGCAGAAAAUGCUCAAGGCAAUCAGGUUCAGAACAGUGGAUACCAAAGGGGGUAUGGAAAUCAAGGAAGAACCUUUGUCCUCAGCCCAGCUCAGAAUACUCAGUUCCACAACCAGAAACAACCGACUAACCAGCAGCCUGCACAGCCUGCUCAGACUGCUCCACAGGACGAGAUGAAGAGUCUUGCCAAUAUGAUGAGCCAGCUGCUCCAAGGACAGCAGAUCCAGUGA